CACAAUUCAACCUUGAAGCUGAUUCAACACCGCUGGUGACCUUGGGGAAAGCAAAAUUAAGUUUGAAAUACCGGAGGCAGUGUCUUAAUAUCUCUUAGUGACCGAUUCUGCAGUUGUCUGACUAUUAUGAUUCCGGUUCUUAGUUCCACAAUAGGGGUAAAUUACUGAACCGAACAAAUAGUAAUUGGGACAAACAGCAGAUUAAUGUUUUUGGAAAAGCAGUUUCAUCUCAAAUUGCAGUUAAAGCUGAUUUAUUCGGAGUGACAAUGGAAUUUCAUUGUCACUUUUGGUGUCACAUUUUCAGCAAUUUGCUGAGAAAACGCGAUAACACCAAAAACUUUAUUUGGAUUAAUUGUGAAUGCAGUGACAAUUUUUCCUUUUUAUUUUUUCAUAGUAGUAAAAUGCAUAAAAAAUAAUUGUCAUUGGUGAAUAGUAUUAUUUUAACUCCAGUUGGAGAAAAAUAAACAAAGAGAAUGUUUCUGUUUGUCAAACUCAAUCCGACAUUCAUGAGUACAUAAUUAACGAGUAGUAGUUUUCAUUCUUAAUAAUUAUACUGCCUUAAUCAAACAUCUUUAUGUGGUGCGUAAUGUAGUGUAAGACGUAAGCCUUAAGUUUCUCUAAGUACUGUUCACUAAUGUACGCAAUUGACGAUUAUGUGCUCUAACUAUAUUUAUUAUAUUUAAUCAUAACACUAAACCUUUCCUGGUAAAUUAGGUUUUAGAUCAAAGAUUAUUGUGCUAUCUUACUAACCUAUGGACCAAAUUCACCUACUUAUUUGUCUUUUUCUUCCUAAUUUACUAAGUUAUUAUUGUUUUUCAUAUAAAUAAUCAUGACAUCUGCAUGUGAUCAGGUUGGUGAAAGGUUUAUUGUGGAAGGUCAUUGUAUGGUUCAGUGAACAGACUUCUUGUUACAAUCCUUAGAAUAUAUACGCGAGUGUAAACUUUUGAACAAACAAAUGUCAAUACGCAAAUUCAGUCCAACAUACACUUUUGGAACCAAAUAAGUAGUGUUUAGAAAAUCAGGUUAAUUUAACAAAUUAUUAAAACAUCAAAGUAAAUCUCGCCGAAAUGACGCUACUAGAAGAAUGCCAUAAAAAACUAACCGACCUACAACGACAAGUAGCUCAGACAAGUAAAAAUGUUAUGACGCGUACACAGAAAUGGCGACGUCUUUCUGCUGUACCAUCUACAGAUUGUGAUGUUGUAUUAAUAUUUAAAAGAGGCAUUACUGAAGAUAUCGUCGAUUGGCUUAUUGAAACAAUAAGAAAUCGUGUACCUCAGCUUGUUGUACAAAAACAAUUUCAUCGAACCUCUGGACAGUAUGCUCUUUAUUUAACAGCAUCUUAUAGAGAAUUACUCACAGGUGCUGAAGAAUUAAGAAUUAAAAAACCUUUAUUAACUGAGCAUGGCGGUGGUUUACGUGAAUUUUCAGUUGAAGAAUUUGGUCUAUUCGACAAUGUAAUGGAUGAAAAAGUUUUUCUGUCAACUAGUGAACGUAGUAAUAUUGUUUAUCAUUUUUUAAUGAGUAUACGCGCUCAUCGUGAAGACUCGGCUAUGUGUUGUUCAAUUAAAUUCACUGAAGGACAAUGUAUGAUUCCAUCUCUUCAAUCUGGUGGUAUAGUUAGUCAAAUAUUUCCAUUACAUGAACCAAAUUCACUGAACAAGCUGAUGCGUACAUGGAUAAGUGGUUGGAUAGUGAAACAACCAUUGGAUGAUAUAAAAGAAUAUUUUGGCACAAAAGUUGCAAUGUACUUUGCAUGGUUAGGUCAUUACACUUAUUCAUUGAUAUUUCCAUCAAUUGUUGGACUUAUAGUCUGGUUAUUUGUCAGUCCUAAUAAAAACUCAUUUUAUUAUCUUCUAAUGGCAGUAUUAAAUUUAAUCUGGACACCGUUAUAUCUUGAACAUUGGAAACGGACUAGUUCUUUCUUAGCUUACCAUUGGAGUUCAUGGGAUACACCGAUUCCAUUGUUAGAAGAGCCUAGACCAUUAUUUAAAGGUAAACUAUCACUAUGUCCAAUCACUGGAAGAACAAUACGUGUUUAUCCAAGAUGGAAACGUGUAUUAAUCCUUUGCUUUAUUACUUGCCCUGUUGUUCUACUCUCCUUGUUUAUUGUCAUCCUAAUCACACUGGUAUAUGUCCAGUUACAAGAGAAAAUGAAUAUUACAGCUGAUUCCGGCAAUACAUACCUUAUACCAAGUUUUGUAUUGUCGACUUUACCCAAGAUUUUUCUAGCUGUUUCUAUUGCUAUCAUGGAUGUCAGUUAUCGUAAAAUAGCUGUUUGGCUUACAGAUUUAGAAAAUCAUCGCCUGGAAGAUGAUUACAACAAUUAUUACGUGAUCAAAUUGAUAUUGCUUCAAUUUGUCAAUUCAUUUUAUUCCCUAUUCUAUACAGCAUUUUAUUUAAAAGAUUUGGACUUACUAAGAAAGCAACUUGUCACACUGCUGCUUAUUCGACAAAUGUUUGAUACAAUUAAAGAAGUCUUUCUACCCUAUGGUCAAUCACGUUUACGUCAAGUGUGGUUGUCGUUAAGAUACGAACAGAAACGUUUAGCUCAAAAGAAUACAACAUUGACACCGGAAUUAAAUGAUUCAACAUCAUCGUCAUUGUUACAGGCAACAGAGAAUAAUACAGGUGGCAUUUGCGAUGAUGAUGAUCAAUGUGCAAUGGUGUCUAAACCCAUUGAUCAAAAUGAGAAUAAUAAUAAUGAAAAUGAUAAUAUUGAUCCAGAAAUGCUUAUACAUCAAAGAAGCGUUCCAGUAAAUAAAGAGCAUAAAAAAAUAACUGCAUAUUCAGCAAAAUCAUUCGAUAAUCCAGAGGAAACAAAAAUAGCCGCAGCUGAAAGGGAAGCGACUCUAUUACGAUAUGAAGAUCCAACUGAUGAUUUUCUCGAAAUGUUUAUACAAUUUGGUUAUGUGAGUAUGUUUGCUGGUAUAUUCCCAUUAGCUGGUUUGUUGGCUUUUGUGAAUAAUCUCAUCGAGAUACGCGGUGAUGCCUACAAAUUAUCGACUAGUUAUCAACGUCCAUUUGCUAAAUUCGCUAGUAAUAUUGGUGUUUGGCAACUUGCACUAGAUGUGGUUAGUUAUAUUGCUGUUAUCGUGAAUGUAGCAUUACUUGGGAUUUCGGGAACUGCACAACGCCUCUUUCCAAAUCUGUCUACUUCACAUUUGAUCAUAUUAUUGGUUCUUAUUGAACAUACAAUCAUAAUUACUCGUGCUACGAUUAGUGCACUUAUUCCACACACACCUACUUCUGUUGUCCAUCAGAUAGCUAAACUGGAGCAUCGAAGACGAGAGGCGCUCAAGAUACUUGAACGUGAAACUAUGCGUGAGCAACAACGUCAGCAAUCACCGUCAAAUAAUAUGACAUCAGAAUCAGGCAUCUAAGCUGCUUUCAAAUUUACUUAUUUAUUUCCUAUUUCCAGCCUUAAUGAACAUAUUUAUUCUGAGCGACAACUGCUUUUUUAUCGACCUGGAAAAUUUUUUUUGAAGUGUAUCGACGCAUGAUUUUUAAUAUUAUAAUAUUGUUGUUUCUCACAAUUUUUCUGUGUCAAACAAGAAUACAAAAAAAGGUGGGAAAGUGUUUUACACAUGGGAAAAGGUUUUCACGUCUGUUUUUAUUUAUUCAACUUCUAUAUAUGUGUGUAUAUUUCAAAGAUUCGUGAACUUAUUUACACAGCUUCUCUUCUUAUCUAUCACUUAUGGUAUAUGCUUACUUAAAAGAAGAAAGAGGGAAUUAUAUUAUUAAAUGAGUUGUCCUAC